AGUUUCAGGAGAAUUGUCUUUAUUUCGGAAUAAGAGACCAUCAAAAUUUCAACAUGAUACAAUUACAACUAAUUCAAAUGAACUAAUAACGUAUAGAUCAUCCACUCUGCUUCUUACGCUAUCAGAUACUCGACUGGGCAUGGGCAUACAUUAUUUUUUCAAACUUUGAAAGGUGCCUGGCAAGGUGUUAGCCCCGCUUCUCCUCAGCCAGGUCUGCAGUUCUGAAAAGAUCAGAUUCGGAAUCUUUGUUCUUAGCUUUGAUUAUAAAGUCAAUAUAUCUAUCUCUAUAUCUAUCUUUAUUCAAAGGUUCAUCAGAUCAAAUUGUAACCCCAAAUUAAAAAUUCCGCAUCCGCAUAUUACUCUGUUAAUUUUGACGCAUCAUGAUAUGAAGGUUAGCGCACAAAUCAGCGCAACACAAGCACAAAUUGAUUUAUUACGGACGUUUAUGUUAAUGAAUUUAGGUAAACAACUGAAUACAGGUGGGAUAUGCUCGGUAAAACUCUGACUGAUUGACCUGACACCACCUCCUCCAGGCGACUUUUUUGAGCUUUCGAUUACGAAUAUUCAGGAAGCUUGGUGUAAUACGAGUAUGAUGCAGACCGAUUUUGAUGACGACUUGAUUGAUAGCAUGCCAUACCGUUUAAGGGUGGAGCAACUUAUUUGCAUGUCUUGCUAUACCUACCCAUAUAAUUCAGAAAAUUCAGUUUAGGUGGACGCCAAAGUAAAUACAAGAUUGGAGUUUGUAAUCAUUCUCAUGGCAUUCAAUAUUCAAUAUUUAAAUGCGAACGUAGCCAAUUGUAUGCUAUGAAGGGGAAAACGCGUAGGUAUAUGUACAGAUGUUUAAUAUAACAAGGAAAAAGUCAAAGAUUUUUUGUUUAAUUUUUCCAGAUCAUUUUAUUACUUACACACUUCAAUGUAAUGUGGAUCAAUUUGCUUUAGGUAUACACAAUAUUUUAAACUUUCGUCGCGACGCUUGUUUUGGCGCGCUUAACCAGACUCGCCAAUAUUGAUUGCGACGCCCGGGGUGUAUGUGAUGUAGCAGUUGCAAUGUAACCGUGUAAAUGCUGUGUUUGUUUACAUACCCAAAUAUUAUUUAAUAAAAAAAUUAUCGAACGAUGACGUCCACUGAAAGUAUUUCCGAAAAUCAACUUACACCGCAAACGCCGGUAUUAACUGUUGCGUGUAAAAUACUCCGGUCGCCAUCUCAUGAAUCGGUUACGACUGAUCUAUCGUUAUUUUCGGUAUCGUCUGUGGCGUCCGACUUGCACUCAGGCCGUAGGCUGCUUAGUUUUAGCAAAUCUGACAGAGGCCACAGUCCAAAUCCCGACAGCAGGGCUCAGUCGGCCAGACCCGCAGAUAUUCCUGAGAUAUUGUGGUUUGAAGAAGAAACGGAACUAAUCCGUAACUGUGCGGCCUUAUCUUCAGCAGUAGGAUUACAAAAAAGUUUUAGUACUAGCGAUAUCAGUCAAUUACCGUCACCCGAAGACGCACCAGUUGCACCUGGAGUUAGAAGCGCCGUGUCAGAGUUAGCGCUUAAUUCUUUGCAAAGAUCUAGUUUUUUGCUUGAGAACGUGCGGCUUGAUCACACAUCUAGAUCGUGUUCUACUUGGGUAGCAGUAGGAGACAUAGCAUCAACUUCCCAGUUACCUUCACCGCAUGGUGGACAUUCUACAUCAACAGUACCGCCAGCAAGUACUCCUCCACCUCCUACAUUCACGGCUGUCGAUUUUAUACGUUCAGUAAAUAAAAAGGUGCGGCAAAAUUACAUCCGUCGAAGAUUGUUAACCACUUACAAAGCAUUGGAAAGACUGUCACAAAGUGAAUUUAACUUAGAUAGACUAGAGGUGUCGUUAUCAACCCCUGUAACGAAUUCUACUGCGACAGAAUGUAACGUUAUAAAGGAAGCUGCAGCGCGAUUAACGGUCCCAGGAUCUACUCCCGUACCUAAACCAUCAAUCCCACCAAACAGUCCCAACCAAGCAGUACUAAAAGUUGUUAAGCAAACAACCAAUAAUAAUUUGCCUCUUACAAUCAGAGAUGUUGAAAGAGAACGCGGAAAACCUUUGUCAAAAUAUGAAAGAAAUAUGAUGAUAUUUAACUGGCUUCACACCUUAGACGAUUCGGCGUUCGUCGAAGGCGUUCAAUAAUAUUAAACAUAAAUGUAAAAGUGUUAUUUCAAUAAGCAUGUUUAUAUCUAAGUACCAUAUAAUAUGAUAGAUAUUUAUUGUUUGAAAAUACCUAUUGUAAAGUUAUACCUCUAUCUACUUAUUCAUGUACACAUUAUGCAUAAAGUACCUACUUAACGUUUUUCAUUGUAUAAAACUCAUAUCGUCUAAAAAAAUAAAUUAUAAUUAAU